AGGGAAGGGGCGUGUGACGCAGUCGCCGUCGCCUAAGGCCACAUUCCGAUUCAGACCUGACGCCCCCGGCGCCCGACCGUGCGCUGAGACGGCCUGGCCUCAGUUUCCGCGCUUCGAAAGAGGAGGAGCCAUGCUGUCCUGUUUCUUGUUCCUCUCCAAGCAUAUCGGCGCUUCGCUGGUGUCCCUGCGCAACGCGCGCCGUGGCUUUGCGCUCUCCCCGCGCUGGGUCCCUGGGGGCCCCUCGGGCCACUGGCCUGCCGUCCCCCGCCGCCCGCUGGUCGCCGCCUCCUCCUCCGGGGACCCAGCCGGGCCCGCCUCCGCCCCCUCCCGGGUGCGCCAGAACUUCCACCCCGACUCCGAGGCCGCCAUAAACCGCCAGAUCAACCUCGAGCUCUAUGCGUCCUACGUGUACUUGUCCAUGGCCUAUUACUUCUCCCGAGAUGACGUGGCCUUGAACAACUUCGCCAGGUAUUUCCUUCGCCAGUCCCGGGAGGAGACAGAGCACGCGGAGAAGCUGAUGAGGCUGCAGAACCAGCGAGGAGGCCGGAUCUGCCUGCAGGACAUCAAGAAACCCGACCGAAACGACUGGGAAAGCGGGUUGUAUGCCAUGGAGUGUGCUCUGCUCUUGGAGAAGGAUGUGAACCGGUCGUUGCUGGAAUUGCACACCCUGGCCUCAGAUAAAGGUGACCCCCAUUUGUGCGACUUCCUGGAAACCCACUAUCUGAACGACCAGGUGAAGUCUAUCAAAGAACUAGGUGACCACGUGCACAACUUGGUUAAGAUGGGGGCCCCGGAUUCUGGCCUGGCGGAGUACCUUUUUGACAAACAUACCCUCGGAAAUGAAAACAAUUAGAACUAAGCCUCAGGGUGCCUUCCCAGGGUGUGCCAGGAGCCACAGUUAGCUAUCUCUUGCUUUCUUACCCUUAAAAUGCACCUCCACCUUUAUAUUCUUCUGUUAUACUGUUCUUCCAACAGAGUGAUUUGUAGAGAAAAUGUAUUUAGCCCUACGUUAACAAGGGUGUUUUGCCCAGCAUCAAGAUAAUUUUCCCAGCCUGAAAAGUAGCCCAGGAUACUAUGGAACGGCAAAGACUGCAAAGAAGCUGCUGAAAAUAGACCCGAACUAACUUUCUCCACUUCCCGAAUAUUAUUCCAGACCGUGAACCUUCACUAAAAUUUCGUGAUUUUCAACUCAGCAGGUGCCUGUUAUUUUCAAGACUUUAUGCUAAACGCUAAAGUGGGGAAAUGUGUUAGAUAAAUAGAUAAAUAACUGUAACAAAAUGAAGAUUCUAUAUAGUACUGUAAAAAUCAUACAUGCAGAAUUCUAUGACAACUUUUACCCUUUCAAGAAACAGUAAUGUCUGGAGAUGAUCUAUUUUUAAAGGGUUUUGUGAUCAAAUAAAUUUAAGACAAACUAUGUAAAGUAUCAGUGCUGGCUUUGGAAAGUCACAAUAUAUAUUAGCAUUUUAAGGGCUCUGGGAAGUCUUGCAAUUAAAAACAAAACAAAACAAAAAAAUAAAGA